CUUCGAGGAGCGGAAGAGGCACUCUCUCGCCGCCGGCGGAGCAUGGUGGCCCGUCGCUGACUGGGCCGACAGCAGCGAGAGGAGCUGUCUCACAGCGGGGCUGCCAGCGCGGCCGCUGCUCGGUAGUGCGCCGCUAAGACACAGACACGCAGCGUUCGCUCAGAGAACACGCGGUCUCUCAGUAAAAAAGCCACAGGGCCUGCGCACGGGGGAGGGAGCGCGACAACCAGCGAGCGCGCGAGACCAUGCCGAGCCCCCCCGGCAGGGACAAAGGCGCUCGGCCGCGGCUGACCGCUGCCGCAUCUGCACUCGGCCUCAUACUCGUCCUCUUACUCCACCUGCCGUCCGGCGCCGACGCUGCGGCGUGCAAAGGGUGCUCUAUCCAGCCAUGCCUGUGCAAAGGUGAAAAAGGAGCCGUGGGCCACCCUGGGCUUCCCGGAUCGCCGGGCACCGAGGGAUCGCCAGGAGACCUUGGUCCCCUGGGACCGAUUGGUCGCCGAGGCGAACGAGGUUUGACCGGAGACACCGGAGCCAUCGGACCCAAAGGAAUUCGAGGUGAACCAGGGGCACCAGGAUUCCCAGGCAGGCCAGGUGCACCGGGAAAACCAGGUCUCGAUGGGCUGUUUGGAGAGCCGGGAAUACCGGGAUGCAACGGAAGCAAGGGUCUACUCGGACCCCAUGGUCCAGCCGGUGGCUGGGGACCGCCAGGACCACGUGGUCCUCGCGGAAACUACGGACCCAAGGGUUUGCCUGGAGAUGGUGGGAUAAACUCCCUUGGAAUUCGUGGAGACCCAGGAGACGACGGAAGACCGGGCCCUCAGGGCGCACUUGGUUUCCCAGGUUUUCAUGGCGAGAAAGGUGUUCGAGGAGACAGUGGACCAGCGGGAAGACCGGGCCCUCCAGGAGCGCCAGGUCCCAAAGGUGUCCAGGGUGAUGACGCGCAAGGCGACAAGGGACCUAAGGGAGAGCCAGGUCUUCCUGGAGAUAGAGGUGCUCCUGGUGACUCCUAUUUCGCUGCUGGGUUGCCAACAGUUCUACAAAUCCCCGGUGACAGAGGACCAAAGGGUGAAAAGGGAGAUGUUGGAAGCAAAGGUGAACGUGGAUCACGCGGAGUGGAUGGAGAAGCCGGCCUGCCUGGCAGCGACGGAUUCAAGGGAGAAAAAGGAGACUUAGGCGAGGAAGGUCCAAGGGGCAAAAGGGGCAAAGAGGGGCUCGAGGGUCCGGCCGGAGAUAAAGGACAGAAAGGAGAACCAGGAUUCACGGGAAUUGAUGGUGGCGCCGGUGACACGGGAGAAGCGGGAGAGAAAGGAAGGCCCGGAAAUUACGGACGACAAGGACCACCGGGCCCACCGGGACCGACCAUAGCGAUCGGAUCGCCCAUACCCGGUCCCAGGGGCCCCCAAGGAGCACCUGGUGACACGGGUCUACCUGGACGAGACGGAGAAAAGGGUGCCACUGGUCCCAUGGGCUACCGUGGUACAGUAGGUGAACCAGGCAUACCAGGAGAAGCAGGAGCAGCUGGACCUCGAGGACUUGCCAUCAAGGGCGAGCCAGGAGAGGACGGUUAUCCGGGAUUGCCAGGCCUGCAGGGUCAGCAAGGACUUCCAGGGCCUCAAGGCCCGGUAGGAGAUAAGGGCCAACCGGGUCUCACAGUAAUCGGCGCUCCCGGAGAAGAUGGCCGUCCGGGAAGAGAUGGACGACCGGGCAUUCCUGGUGUACGCGGAGAUCCCGGACCACCAGGUGACCAGGGCACACCUGGUCGUGGCGUGCCAAGGCCUGGCCCCGAUGGACCCAUAGGUCUACGUGGACCACCGGGUGACCAAGGAAUUCCUGGUCGGCCGGGUAUCCCGGGUGCAGAUGGCCGUCCGGGACCCAGAGGUGACGACUGCGGCUACUGCCCACCGGGUAUACCUGGAGAUCGUGGCGCACCUGGAGAAGACGGCCGCCCUGGCCCCGAUGGCUCAACGGGAUUCCCCGGAACUACGGGUCCGUCUGGAGUGAAAGGUGACAGAGGCUAUCCUGGUGCUCGAGGCAUCCCUGGCCUACCGGGUCGAGACGGAGAACCCGGCUGGGACGGACAGAAGGGCGAGAAAGGCUUACCGGGCGAAUUCAUCUUUCCGCCGGGCCCGCUACCGCCGGGCUCCAUCAAAGGCGAGAAGGGCGAACCCGGAGACUACGGACCUAGGGGCCUGUCUGGUCGCGAGGGCAACCCUGGACCCAUGGGCCUGCCUGGAAUAGGGGGACCCAAGGGAGACCCGGGCGACUUCGGAGACCCUGGUUACCGCGGCUCUGACGGCCAGGAAGGCUUUCCUGGUCUUGCUGGUCGCAAGGGAGAAGCCGGAGACGCCUACUUCGGCGAGAAGGGAGACGACGGCGAGCCAGGAGAGCCCGGAGACAUGGGACCCACCGGACCGCCCGGAGAAAUGGGUGACCCCGGACUGCCCGUAAACAUUCCGGACUCCCUGAUACACUUGACGGGACCAAAAGGUGAACCAGGAUUUCCUGGCCCGAAUGGCCGAGAGGGACCAAAAGGCGACAAAGGAUCGCCCGGCUACAACGGCUUGCCCGGGCGGCAGGGAGAGAAGGGAGACCACGGCACACCGGGCUACUCCCAACAAGGACCCGAAGGUCUUAAGGGUUACCCGGGUCUCGCCGGAGACCAAGGACCUUCCGGUCGCCGUGGUGCCCCUGGAACGAGCGGAGAACGCGGCUACGAUGGACGUCCUGGCCCGAAGGGUGCUCGAGGACGGCCUGGCUCGGGCAAGGGCACAGGACCGCAGGGCCUGCCGGGUAUUCUGGGUCUAAAGGGCGAGCAGGGCCAGCCUGGAUACCCUGGAGCUCCUGGUCCUGCUGGACAGCCAGGAUUCGCCGGAUUGAAGGGACAAACAGGUGAACCGGGCUAUGUCGGAUACCCCGGACCAAAAGGAGUGAAGGGUGACGCUGGCGAUGCUGGAAUCGGGACGCAAGGGCCCCCUGGACCUCCUGGAUACGACGGCCAGAAGGGAGAACGAGGCGUACCCGGCCUUCCGGGCACUGACGGUUCCCCCGGGUUUCCCGGACUAAAGGGAGAAGCGGGAGCAGCGGGCGCACCAGGACCACGGGGCCGCGACGGCCAACCCGGCACCCGGGGACAGCCAGGAACGCCGGGUCUCGAAGGAUACCCGGGCUCACCAGGCCGAAAAGGCGAGGCUGGAGAUUUUGGUUCACCUGGCUGGGACGGACUUGCCGGAGAGCCAGGAUACCCUGGGCUUAAAGGAGUCAAAGGAGAGCGGGGCCUAAGUGGACUGCCCGGAUAUCAGGGUCUUCCUGGCAGGCCGGCUUCCGGUGAACGUGGAGAAGCCGGAUACCCGGGUCUUCCGGGUCUGAAGGGAGACAGGGCUCUACGAGGAAUUCGGGGUGACGACGGCUACCCAGGACCCGACGGUCUGCCUGGUCCAAAGGGUCCGGUCGGAUUCCCUGGUCUUCCUGGAAGGAAGGGAGAGCGCGGAGAGCCAGGCCGAGCACUGGGCGCGCCAGACGGACUACCGGGAGAACCGGGACCCAGGGGCUACGACGGAUUCCCCGGCCUGGCUGGAUUAAAAGGCGAAGCCGGAAACCCUGGACUCCCCGGCCCUCGUGGAUUAGACGGAGAACCAGGAUUCCCGGGCGUUGCAGGCCUCGACGGCGCGAACGGUUUUCCAGGACUCCCCGGUCUCCCUGGCCCUGACGGAUUCCCAGGCCUUCCAGGAUUCCCUGGCUUAAAGGGCGACCCCGGCUUUGAUGGACGCCCAGGCGCCGCUGGUCCGCCGGGUCCACCAGGUCUUCCUGGACCUCCGGGUUUUGACGGCAAACCAGGAAUCAAGGGAGAAACAGGAGAGCCCGGAUAUCCCGGUCUUUCGACGUUCGAGAUCAGUAAGGGAGACAAAGGAGAGCCGGGCCGACCGGGACUGCCCGGGUCACGAGGCGCUCCCGGUGACGACGGCUACCCAGGCCUUAAAGGCGCGAAGGGCCAGGUCGGUGAGCCCGGUUUCGACGGCGCGCCGGGCAUUGCGGGAAGACCCGGCCCCAAAGGAUACCCAGGCGACCCUGGGCCCCCUGGAAUGGAUGGAGCACCCGCUACCGACGUCUACCCAGGACCAAAAGGAGACGAAGGAAUUCCCGGACCGCCUGGUUUCCCCGGUAUCCCGGGACUCAAAGGUGAAGCAGGAGAACCAGGACCAGAUGGACCAGAUGGACCGCCCGGCUAUCCAGGUGUCGCCCCGAUCGGCUUCAAGGGUGAACAAGGAGACGCAGGAGUGAGCGGCCUUCCAGGCACCCCCGGCCAAAUAGGUUCUCCGGGACAGCCUGGUUACCCCGGCAUCCCAGGAUCGAAGGGUAUCCGAGGCGAUGACGGUUUUCCGGGGCCUGUUGUUCCCGGACCACCGGGAUUACCAGGGCCGAGGGGACAAGACGGCCAGCGAGGCUACAAAGGCGAAAAGGGGGCGCCUGGAGAAUCCGGAUUCUCUGGUUUCCCUGGACUCAAAGGCGAGAGAGGUGACGACGGAUUGCCCGGACCUCCAGGAAGGCCCGGUGUAAACGGCACAAAGGGUGCUAAAGGACAACGUGGCAGUAGCGAUGGUCCAGUCGAUUAUAGGCCUCAAGGUUUCCCAGGAGAACCAGGCUACCCAGGAGCCAACGGAUUACCAGGUCUGCCCGGCGACCAAGGUUUCCCGGGAGUCAACGGCGAACCAGGAGACAACGGGCUUCCGGGAUUCCCGGGACUUCCGGGCUACUCUGGCCCCCGAGGUCUUCCGGGCGACGAAGGAUUCCAAGGACUACCAGGCUUCCCCGGUACGCCAGGCACUCCGGGACGUCCAGGAAAUCGUGGUCCUCCAGGUGGUCCCGCCAGGUCCCGAGGCUACUUCUUCACCAGGCACAGCCAGACGUCGCGAAUUCCGGAAUGUCCCAGAGGCACUCAUCCGCUCUGGUCUGGCUAUUCUCUCCUCUACAUUCUCGGGGAUGAGAAAGCCCACGGCCAAGACUUGGGAAGCGCCGGAAGCUGCUUGCGGAGAUUCAGCACGAUGCCGUUCCUGUUCUGCAGCUUGAAUAAUGUUUGCAACUUCGCAUCGAGGAACGACUACAGCUACUGGCUCAGCACUCCGGAACCAAUGCCCAUGGCAAUGACACCAAUUGUGGGAAGAGACAUCCAGAAAUACAUCAGCCGAUGCAGUGUCUGCGAGUCUUCCACGCAAGUCAUAGCCAUACACAGCCAGACUUUGGAGGUACCAGAGUGCCCUGAAGGCUGGGAUGGCGUUUGGUCUGGCUACAGCUUCUUCAUGAACACCGACUCGGGAGCAGAGGGCAGCGGCCAGCCCUUGGUUUCACCAGGUUCCUGUCUCGAAGAGUUCCGACCUAAUCCCUUUAUUGAAUGUCAUGGUCAUGGCCGGUGCAACUACUACACCACGGCCUUCAGCUACUGGUUGGCAACAAUCGAACGACACGAUAUGUUCAGACCACCAGACCCACAAACGCUCAAGGCGGGUGAUCUGAGAACACGAGUUUCUCGCUGCAAAGUUUGCAGGCGGCAGGUUAUUGUCCCUUGAGCAAUUUUUUUUUUUUUUUUACUGUGUUCAACUGCCUUGUUCACCAGCUCGACCUUUUCUCCAGCAACAAGAAUUGGGGGGGGGGGGGGGAAACUCAUGCAGAGGGUGACUGCUUUUUAAAGAACACAGCAAAAUUGUUUUGUUGGACUUGUUAGUUUCAUGUUAACUUACACAUAAAGGCCUUGUGUUGCUUAUGUUCCUUUGUUUUGCAUUUAUAGUACUCAUAAAAACUGCCAGUGAGUGUGCCUGCAUUAAGCCAAGAGCCAGAUAUGUUGCGUACUAUGUGUUGUAGCAAAAGCCUUUUCAUCAGAGCAAGUUGAAGCUAGUCACACCGUAACUUUGCUGCACCACUGGUUACGUAAAGGAGUGACAACAAGGACAAGGAAACCAAUAUGUAUAUAAAUAUUCAGCCUGCAGGAGAACAAGGCAAUGCAGGCCAUCAAUCUAGAUGCUGAAAAUGUGCCAGCAAUCAAGCAAUGGCAUUAGUAUGUUGCUGACACUUUUUUCUUCUUUGUGUGCGUCUGACUGUCAACACUGCCAAUUUGCUGUUUACAGUAGAAGAAUGCAAGACAUCAUUCACCACUUUUGUUUUUCAAGAAAAUUCCUUUUUGUUGUUGAUUCUUGUGCUAUAUUCUGCAUAUUUGUUAAUAAAACAUUUCAAAGUCCCUGUGCAA